AGAACAUGCAGUUAGUAACAAGAGACAGGUUACCUGCUAACUUGCAUUUCUGUUAAAAAUAAGAUUGGACAUGAUUCAUGUUCCAAGAACACCGGAGUUCUCCAACUGUGGGAACAUUAAUUCAAUUGCAGCACACCUCUCUUCUGACCAAGACCUGAACUCUUUGGUAGGAGGCAGAGGCAGGCAGAGGUCUCACUCCUAUCACAGUGCAGAGGACAGUAAGAACUAUGGUGUGCAGACAGAGACUGUCAAAACCUGUCUAAGACCUCGCUCCAGGUCCUUUUACAGUUAUGAGACGUCAGAGCUUUACUCCAACUAUGACGUGGGAAACUUUGACAUGGCCAGUCCACUGAGGCAGAGAGAGGAGUCCCUACACCAGCAUCAAGUGACCAAAAAGGAGAAUAGAGAGUGGGGUGGGGCUGGUUUGCCAGUCACCUCUAAGAAGACCAAGUCUAAACUAAACAAGUCUUCACCCUCGAGAGAACUUAAUGGCAGCAAGUCAGUGGCCAUGAUGACCAUCUCUGAGUCAGACAACUGGGAGAUCUGCUCCAGCUUGGGAAUGACAUAUGGACAGUUUGUAGACUGGGAGAAGAUCGAUCCUGAAGCUGCAAAGAGAUACCAACAGAUCCUGAAUAGCGAGCACCAACAGCUGAAAACUAUGGGCCGAGAGGGAUUCUGGGCCAUGCCGCACACACUGAGGGCCAAAACCUACUAUCACAUCAUCCACAGCAUGAAUUGCAGUAGGUCUGGCACUUCUGACAGAGAUGCCUACCAUGAACUGGCCAAGAAGCUCUUUGGAGAACAGAAAAUCAGCACCCACCCUGUCCCAGAGUACAUGGAGGCAGGAGAAAUACCCAGAUACUGUCUCAACAAAGCUGGCCUGAACUCUGUCAAAAAGAUCCUCCUUUGUCUUGGCAAAUACUUCCCAGACAUGAACUUUUGCCCCAUCCUACCUGCCUUGGUCUCCCUAAUCCUCCACUUCAGCCAGGAUGAAGCUGAGUGUUUCCACAGCAUGUCACAACUUAUCUGCUACAAUGACCCCAACAAGCGUUACAUCGACCAGACCUUCCUGACCUACCGUGCUUCCUGCAUGACCUUUGGAGAUCUCGCUAACAGGUGUUGCGAGGGCAUCCGUAAGCUCAUCGCCAGCUCUCACCAAAACCUCUUUGAGUUUUACUCUGACUGGAUCAUGUGGAUCUUUGCUGAGCUUCCGUUCAUAUAUGCCAUCAGAGUGCUGGAUGUCUACCUAUUGGAGGGAUACAAGGUUCUCUACAGGGUGGCACUGGCUCUGCUCAGCCUCUACAAAGUAUCUGUUUCAUCUCGAGUGGCGGACGUGGAGGACUUCAGGACGGAUAUGAAAAGGUUCGUGCAGAAUGUAGCUCGCCACUGCACAAUUGAGAAGCUUCUGGAGAGGGCCUUCAUGAUUCCAAUGGCCACACGAAGAGAGCUCAACCUCUUGUUCAAUGCCAACAAGGACUCCCUCAUGCAAAAAGGUGUCAGCAUCCACCAGAAGAGGCAGUCGGUCGAAACAGUGGACUUUACCAAGUUCAGCUCCAGUGUUGUGACAGCGACUGAGAUGAGAGUCGUCUGGGCCUGGAUCCCCGAGCGCUUUGCCCUUUUCAGUCCCAUCAGGCUGUUUAGCACAGCUGAACACGGGAGAAGUCUUGCUUCUUUCUACUCACAUGUGGAGGGACACGAACCAGUGGUCUUAAUGAUCAAAACUGUGGAUGAAGAGGUCUUUGGUGCCUUCCUGUCAACUGAUAUGACAGAAAGAAGAAAGCAUGACUGUCAGGGACUUGCAUAUUUUGGAACUGGGGAAUGUUUUGUUUUUACGCUGCGUCCCAGCAUGGAGCGCUACCAGCAGGCCAUGGUCAACAUUAUGACCAGAAGAGCUCCCCCUCAGCAGGUUGGAAUCAGCAACGGUGCCUGCUCCCUCGUGCCCAAUGGUGGCAGCUGUCCUGUCACCUCCACCACAACCGCCACACCUCUGAUCUGUCCUGCUGGGACUCCCCAGGACCCAAGCUACCUGACGAUCCCCUUCACUGCCCCAUCAGAGGAACCCACAGAUGCCAAAGAGCCAAAGAGACAAAAGCAAAAAGAAGCCUCUAUGUUUAUAGCAGGCAAUGACAGUCAGCUUAUUAUUGGUGGUGAUGGAGGCCAUGCUGUCUGCCUACAAGACCUAGAAGGAGGAUACACAGAGUCUUGUGACACAUUCAAGAGCAUCCCACUCUGCAAGGGACCUUUCAAGAUCCAGUCCCUGGAAGUGUGGGGCAUCCAGAACUCUAUUUCCUUUUCCAACUGCUUUCCCUCUCAGUAAAAUAAUCAACCUUUUUUUUUAAAAUGCUGUGUCAUUGGACUUGAUUUUUUUGUAUGUAAAUUUCAAAUAUUUAUGUUUGUGAAAUUUAUGCACAUAUUGCGAGGCAACUGUGAUUUUAUUUGACUUGAUGUCUACAUGUCAAGUCAAGUUUAUUUGUACAGCUCUCUAUCACAUACAGUGUAUUACUGAACUUUACAAGCCAGCAUAAACAAUGGUUCCCACCUCAGAAAAAAGUGUAUGGAACGAAAGCAACUUCACUAGAAAAUAAAACAUUUGGCACCUUAACAUGGAAGGAGGGAUGAAAAAUGGCAGCUAUAAAGGCAAGCAUGUUGUACAACGUGGUUUGCAGUGAUGAAUCUAGGAGGAUUAGUUGGAGAGUGCUGUGUGAGCACACUGAGCCACCUAGAUUAAUCAUAAUCAACAUCAGUUACCAGUUAUCAGUUAUUUAUUAAUUUCAACCAAAAGGGCUGAUGGUAACCAGUACCCACAUUGCACCACAAGAAUGCAACUCUCUGGUUUUACCUCCCAUUUAGUCUGUUGAUUAUAGGUAUUCUGCCAUGUGGACGUAAUCUGCUGGAAAACAUUACCUUUCCUGGAUGUAUAUAUACUUACUUCUGUAUAUUUAUUCUCAUUGUUGUGCAGUUUAUUGUCAUA